UUUUUCAAUUAAAUAAAAUUCUGUCAUCAAAAACCAGAACCCGAUGCACAGGGUUUUUCUCAGCCUCUCUUUCUCUUUCUCUCUCCUUCUCUCAAUGGAAAUCUUGUCCAGGGUUUGUUGUUGAUUUCUUAUGCCAUGGUCAAGACCUACUGACGCUUAAGGGAAGUCAUUGAGGAUUUUACGCUGAUUAGUUCUAGCGUGGAUUUUGAUAGGGAUCAGUGCUAGGUUUUGCUUUCGGCCUUGAUUUUGUAGAUUUCGAUGCUUCUGAUUGGAAUAGUUGAGUCCCUUUUUCGCUCUUGUGAUUCACGCCAAUAGCAUUUGAGGACUUGGUUCCCAAAUCUCUGAUUUUUUUGGUCUGCAAGUCACUGGGUUUUGGUAUCUUGAUCUGGCCUGCACUUUGGUGAAACCUGGAAUAGCAAUAUAAAUUCGAGACUUUUGUUCUCGUAUAGUUCAGUGACGUUUGGUUUUAGAAGAAAUGAGAUUUCAAUGAACAGAAGAAAGAUUUUGUUUAGUGUUCUCUUGUACGCCUAGCUUUUGGAAGAUAAGUUUUGUGUGGCUCUUUUACGUGUGUUGACUUGAGAAGGAUGGAGAAAGAAGGCGUGUGUGAUGAUAUCAAGUUAAGUGAUCAGAUUCAGAUAUACCCUGAUGAGCCUUACUGUUCCGAGAUAGGAACUGAAACCUUUGCUUCAUCUCAGAAGAUUGAAGGAGGCGAGGGGAGUAAUGUGGUCUUUUCAACAGAGGCACCUCUCAUAGGUAAAGAUCCAUACUGUGGCUGUAGUGCAAAGAAACUAAAUUUCAAAGGUAGUGAGGAUCUCAUUGAGAAGGAAAAUAUUGGUCAGCAGAAAAAGCUUAAUAGACAGGAUAGAAUCGAGUUGGGACGACUCUUCCAAGGCGCUGUUACCUCACUGGAUUGGGAACUCGCAGAGAGAUUGAUUCAGUUAGCUGAUCCGCAAACUUUGAAUGAUUUGUUGUGUGUUGGUCUAGAUUCUGUUUGGUUCUUGAGUACAAAGCAUGAGUUUCAGGGGAUCACAGGAUUGAUUAAGAAGAUUAUAUGUCAUGGUGCUUAUGACUUUACAAGAGCUACUCUUAGGACUUCAUUUCUUGCUUCAUGUGUCUCUGCUUGCCAGAGCCGGACUAUGAGUCUUGCUGAUACUGUAACCGUAAUGGCACAAAGGUUGCAGGAGCGUCUCCAAGAGUGCAACGGAGAUGAGAUUCUGAAAGCAGAGGCUGGUGCAAAAGUUCAGAAAUUCACUGAAUGGGCUCUCAAAUGUAUAGGUUUCCACUCCCGAUGCCAGGGGACAAGGGAUAGAGUUAGCCACAAUUCAGCUGCUGAGACUGAACUACAGCUUUCUGCUUUCAAGAUGUUUUUAGAUUUAGCGGGGAACCAUCUCUCGGGAAGGGAAUUCACCGAGGCCUUCGAUGCAGCUUGUUUCCCGCUUACUCUGUUCUCUACCUCGUUUGAUCCUGGUUGGGCGUCUGGAAUAUCAGCUACCGUCAUACAGGGGCUGCUCGGUAUGCUUGUUGAAGGUGGCGCAGAUAACGUAAAUCAAUGUUUCCUCGAAGCUUCACGUUUCGGUAGUACAGAACUCGUCCGCGUCUUGUUGCAUAUUGCUCAAAGGAACAGCUUAGAUGUGGAUGUGGACUUAGCUCUCGGUUUUGCUUCACAUUAUUGUAAAAUCGGGACAAUGAACUGUUUAGUGGAAGAAGGUAAUGCCAUUGCCUUCUUGGGUCCAUUGAUGAGAGCAGCAGAGAGAGGCUGUAUGCAAGUUGUUCAAUGGUUUGUGAAAAGAGGUUGCCGCGACAUGGAGCUUUGUCUUGCUCUGACAGCUGCCACUUCAAGUAGUCAAGUCGAGGUCGCUGCUUAUCUCCUCCCCUAUGUUCCGCCACCUGUCCUAACCGCUCUCAGCAUCGAAAUCCUAAGAGCAGCUGGAGAAAGAAGCGGAGGGUCUCUUCAAGGAGUAGAGUUUCUCCUCAAAUCAGACUUCCUAGGAGAUUCCGUGGCCACAUACUCAGUGGCAGACGGCAUCGCGAGGUCAUCAGAGGACGAGUCCGUUCCAUGGAAUCUAAAGUCGUUUCUCCAAGAGCAUUGGUCGGAAUCAGCUUUUGAGGAAGGAAGGAGAGAAAGUCAUGAGAAUUUCAUGAACUUUAUGAGGGUUUUGAAAAAAGGCGAGUCUGAGAUAUCUUUAAGAGACCUUCCUGCGCCGCUAAGAGUAGCGAUUGCCUACAUGCCGCUGUACAGAGAGUGUGUAAAUACGGGCGGGAGGUUACUGUCUCAGAGGCUAAGAGGGCAGCUCGUGGAAGCUGUGAGACAGCUUCAAGGAUGUGUUGUUGCAGUUGUGGAAGUGAGCGAGACUCGUAACCUUAUGGCGGUUUUGGAGCAUCACCUCACCGCCAUUUUCGGUUAAAAAAGGUUUCUUUUAACCUGAACCAGGAAAGAAGCAAAGCAGCAGACAAAGUAAACAUAAGCCUCUCAGCAAAAAUAGAUCCUGCUUCGAGCCCCACUCGUUUUCUACGAUUUGUUGAAAAAAUAAGGAUGGAGAAAAGUAAAAAAUUUACUAUUUAACGGAAGAUGGGGAUUCGGGUUUGAGAUAUUAAAGAGGUCCUUUUUUUUAUCUUGUUAAUUUCUUCGUAUCGUGUCUAUUUCAGUCUCUUCUGUCCCUUUUCCCUUGUUAUGUAUAGCUUAUAAUUAUAUAAUAAUUUGAUGUAAUUUCCUAACUUACGUUUCUAUGAUGAGAUCGUGUUAAUUUA